GAGAGGAGUAUGUGAAGUGAAUGUGACAGUGUGUGAAGUGGGUCUGACAGGGCUAUGUGAAAGUGUGUGAGAGAGUGUCUGAAGUGAGUGUGAGAGGGUGUGUGAAGUGUGAGCGUGAACGUGAACGUGUGUGAGAAAGUGUGAGAGAGAGAGGGGUAUGUGACAGUGUGAGAGCUUAUGUGCUGUGAACGUGAGAAAGAGGGAGCGUGUGGAGUUCGGAGAGGGCUGUGUGCCUGGGAUAGAGGCAGGAGCUUUGAAUUGCGUGUGAGGCGAGCCCGGCAGGGGUUGAGUCUAUCUCAGCUUUUUCCCCUGAGACUUCCAGCCCCUUCUGCUGAUUCACCGGUUGCUGGAGAGCCACUUGCAUGCGCUCCGCUCGCUCCAGCCGCUGUCCUUUCAGCUCACUCCCAGUCUACCCGCUCGGUUCAAUGAGGCUCAGAGCCAGCAUUGAGCCGCUGGCCGGCUAUGUCUUCCUUCUGUUUCUUAGAGCUGCCCUGUCUACAGAAGGAGAGAGGAUGCUAUUUGCCAAACUCUUCACUAAUUACAGUCAGUACAUCAGGCCGGUGGAGAAUGUGUCCAGGCCGGUGGUGGUGCAGUUCGAGGUCUCUCUGUCCCAGCUGAUAAAAGUGGACGAGAUCAAUCAGAUUAUGGAGACCAAUCUGUGGCUGAAACAUAUAUGGAGUGAUUAUAAGCUAAAGUGGGAUCCUGCUGAAUAUGGAGGUGUCAAGUCUAUUCGCAUUCCUUCUGAAAAAAUCUGGAAACCAGACAUUGUCUUGUACAACAAUGCAGUUGCUGAUUUCCAAGUGGAUGAAAAGACCAAAGUCUUGGUAAAGUUCGAUGGGACCGUGACCUGGAUACCACCGGCCAUAUUCAAGAGCUCCUGCAGGAUGGACGUGACUUACUUCCCCUUCGACUACCAGAACUGCAGCAUGAAGUUUGGCUCCUGGACCCACGACCAAGCCAAAAUCGACUUGGCUUUAAUCGGCAACGAGAUCAACAGGAAGGACUUCUGGGAAAGCGGCGAAUGGGAGAUCAUCGCUGCGCCAGGGUUCAAACACGCCAUCAAGUACAAUUGCUGUGAAGAGAUCUAUCCAGACAUAACCUACUCAAUUUACAUAAGACGAAUGCCACUCUUCUACACCAUCAACAUCAUCAUCCCUUGCCUGAUGAUCUCUUUUCUGACUAUUUUGGUUUUCUACCUGCCUUCUGACUGUGGAGAGAAGGUAACUUUGAGUAUUUCAGUACUGCUGUCCCUUACUGUGUUUCUUCUGGUCAUCACUGAGAGCAUACCAUCCACCUCCCUGGUGAUUCCUCUUAUUGGGGAAUAUCUGCUCUUCACCAUGAUCUUUGUGAUUCUAUCCAUUGUUAUAACGGUCUUUGUGCUCAACAUCCAUUACAGAACCCCCACGACCCAUACCAUGCCAGUCUGGGUGAAAACCAUCUUCUUAAAGCUGCUGCCACGGGUUAUGUUUAUGAAGAGACCGACGGCUAGUUCUGAGGUUCAAAAGAACCCCAGGUUUUUCAACAGCAACACUGAGCUCACCAGCAUCAACAGCUUCAGCAGAGGAUCCAAAUCCAAAUGCCAGGACCCACACUGCACUCGCUGCAGGUUCUGCAAGAUGAAGAAUCAGGAUGUAGGCGUCAACUCAACACAAAGCUCCAGCACAGAGUCCCUAGAUGCCGUGCUCACAAUCUCCUCUCUGCCUCCUGAGGUUCAAGAAGCAAUCGGGAGUAUCACCUAUAUUGCAGAAAACAUGAAGCUGCAGAAUGAGUCUAAAGAGAUACAAGAUGAUUGGAAGUAUGUUGCCAUGGUAAUUGAUCGGAUCUUCCUCUGGAUCUUCAUCCUGAUUGGCAUCUUGGGAACAACCACCUCUUUCCUACAGCCCCUAAUGAAUGUAACAGAGUUGUGAAUGUCAGAGAUGGGUAACUUGUUGUAAAUACAGGAGAGUCCUCGAUUAUUUUGUGAAAGAGCUAGUCAGAACCCCUAUCAGCACUGUGCAUUGAGGGAGAGCUGGCUUAUACAACAGAUCUAGAAAGAAAUUAUAGCUAUUGGAGAACAUCUUUUUCUGUACCUUAGAGAUACUUGCUAUGGUGUACUUGCAUGUUUUUUUUAAAAUUAGUAUUAGCAAAAUUUAGUUACAGAGCUUACAUGUAAUAAAUGUGCUGUCAAAUCUGA